AUGGCAUCAUCUUCAUGGAAAAAAUGGCCCGGUCAUGUGCGGGAUAAAUGGCGUGAUGAUCUAAGAGAUAUAGAUUUUUGGUUUAAUGGAUACCGUAAGACGAACACAUAUCUGCACUUGGUCCGUCAACUGUCCCGCUCUCAUCAUGUGCUUUGGAAUGUCGGGGUGGGGCCCAUGGCUUCAUUCUCACGAGCCAUUUCAGGCAUGGCCGUGGAGGGAAACCCUAAAUACCGUGGAAAACACGUGAUAAAGGUGGAUCUGAAGCCCACGCCAACGGCAGAGGAAGCUCAAGGAAUUGAGCUCAGCCUCAUAAGCACCAAGUACCAGCUGGCCGUCGCUGCAGCAAUGGAGCUCGGCCUGCUCGACCAAGGAUACAACAGGCUCAAAGAAAAGCACGACGAGAUACAGUACUACUCCUACGGGUGCGAUAAAGGUGAUAUCACUGUAAGAUUGUUGAGUUACGUAGAGUACAAUAUAGUUUCGCAGAUCAUCAAACAGUUGGUAAACGAGAGGUACUUGCUAGUGGCUGAGAACCUGCAGUGGCCAAUUGAGCCCGGCAGUUUAACACUAGAAGAUGUCGGCCUCCCUCCACCUAGGUGGUUAAAUUCUCAAUGGCUCAUCUCGACUACUUCUCGUGAUGUCUACAACAAGAGCAAGUCAAACAUUGAUGGAGUUAUAUCCAUUGACGAAGAUGACCAGGUUGCCGUGCUUAUCCUCUUUUCACUGCAUCAAUCGGCCGAGCACAUACUCAACAUGAUGCGUCAAGAAAGCAAGGAGUACUGGCAUCACAUAGCCCUCCAAUGCUUCCACUAUGCCAUGGCAAUCUUUACCAAACAUGCACAAGUGGCAGCUAUCACCUCGGAUGAGCUCAUCCACCAUUGGGUUGCUGAGGGCAUCUUGCCAUGUAUGGCCAUCAAGGAAGAAGAAGAAACCAGCACCGUCAACAGCAAGUGUUCCAAUAUGCAUCGACUUGGAAGGGUCAUCGUUGAAGCCUUUCAGAAAUACUCUUUGUUGCAGCUACCUUUUUCUCCUGCUAAUGAUGCUUAUGAAGCCACAAAUACCGGCACACAAUUCAUAGCAUACCAUGACCUCAUUGCAGAAGGCAUCACAGCUGAUGAACUCUUUGAUAAUAGGAAGCAAAUGAUUUCCUUCACCGGUGACCAUGGAUGUCAUGUAAGCCGAGAAUGGUUGAGCCUAGAGGAAAACAUGGGGGCAACUGCACUUGUUCUAAGAGGCUGUUCACAUCAGUCGGUCAUACUUCCCAAGCUGGACCAUUUAUUGCCCAACCUCUGUUUUCUUCUUGUUCUUGAUCUCUCCUACACUCCCCUAAAAUUACUCCCCUCUUACAUUGGUUGUCUACAGAAACUUCGGUUGCUCUCACUUAGAGGCUGCCAUGAUCUCAAAACCCUUUCCAGUUCAUCCACAACAAAUGCCAUAGACUCAUCAACAAAUAUUAGUUCAUCAUCACCAUUGUCCACUCUAUACAACCUCGAAUUUCUUGAUAUGAAUGGUGUUCCUGUUUCUGUUAUGACACAAGAUGUUGCCAACCAAAAGGGCAAUUUGAUACACCUCGACAUGUCACAUUCAGAAAUAUCUACUUUCCCUCACAAUUUUUUCGCGGACAUGUCAAAUCUGGAGGAGCUUAUGCUAACCAGCUGCUCCAACCUUGUGGAGCUACCUCCUUCAAUGGCUUCUCUAUCCAGCCUAACAACCCUUGAGGUCACAAGGACUCGAAUAAAAUACUUCCCGCAGAUGAUAUUUGAAGAAAUGCAGAAGCUACAGUCCUUGAAGCUCAUUCACAACAAGAAAUUGAUUUCACUGACAGGACCAAUAUCUGGUUUCCAGAUAAUCAAAUUGGAAGGCCAUCCUAACAUUGUAUCCUUCAUGUUGAUUGGCACACCUCAUAUAAGGGGUUUUUCUGUGCGUGGAUGUAGAAAACUCGAGUCUGUCGAGAUCAAGGAUGUCAGUGGCUUGGAGGAAAUUGAUUUAUCUGGUACAAGUAUCAAGGAGCUCCCUGAUGAAAUCCCUAAUCUUCCCCAACUUAGGCGAUUGCUCCUUGGGGGUGUUCCUUCUCUGAGGCGAUUUCCUUGGCAUAGGCUGGUGCGACUGCCAGAUGUGUUUUACUUGGAUCAUUGUUCAGAAGGAAAUGGCAAUCACUCUAAUCAAGUUUCUCAUGUGUGUGUUACUGACCCAAGGUUCUUCCGUAGCUUCACUGACACUACUGUGAAUUUAGUAAGAGAUGGACUGUUUUUCCAAUCAUUCUAUAUUCAAGUCAAGCCAUGCAUUACAAAUAGCAUGCGACUGCAAGAUGAAGAAAGCAGGUUAGACAAGAAGGGUGAGUUGCUGCGGAAUCAAUCAACAUAUGUGGAUGUAUAUAACAGCUAUUUUACAAAGGAAAUUGCAAUUGCAUCACCCAUUACAGUUCCCCUUCACCGAACUGAGCGCCAUGUAGACAUCACAGGGAUGCAAGAGAGACAUGAUGGUUUAUAUGAUCUUCUAAAGGUCACGAAAUCACUGUCAGUGACAUGUGAUACUUCUAUCGACGAAUUUUAUUACCUGAGCAGUAUCACUGAGCUGGAAGAAUGUGAGCUUAGUUGGUGCCAUAAAAUGGAAGUACUUUUCAGGUGGCAUAGCCCGACAAAUCUACGGAAUAUGCAUGUAUGUAAUCUCAAAAAUCUAGUUUGGUUUUGUUCACAGUAUAGUUCUUGCGACUUCAGUACACUAGAGCACCUGCACUUAGAGGACUGCCCAAGAUUGGAGCACGUGGUGCUACAUGGAACAUCACUACCAUGUUUGAAGACACUUGACAUCCUGUUCUGCUACAACCUCAAGACAAUUUUCUUCAGCAAUAAUACACAAGUUAAUAUCUAUGGGCUCCCAAGCAUCCAAAGGAUACGUCUGCAGGAGUUGCCACUGCUCCAACACUUCGACAACAAGGACGCUCUCAUCACAGCACCUGUGUGGAAGGAGCUCCACAUCCGAGGGUGCUGGAGCCUCCGACGCCUCCCGUGCCGACAAGGAUGCCUGCCAAAGACAGUGAAGGUGAACGGCGAGAGGAGCUGGUGGAGCAAGCUCCAGUGGCGCUCACCCCUGCACCUCGACAGCUACGACCCCAAGCUUCCCCCGGAGUUCGCCUCCUUCGACGAGCGCGCCGAGAUGAGCAGCUACCUCAGAUGA